UGAGACUAAAUUAACAUAAAUACAAACAUUUUUUUUUUUUAUUGUGAAUAAAAUGCGACGCUAUUUUCAUUUUCCGUUUUCAAUUUUCAAACAAGAUCGAUGUCAUACAGCAUGCAAUAAAUCAGACUUCAAAGCCUUUGUGGUUUCAAAUUUUGUUUUUUAUCAAUUAUUUUUUACAAUUUGUUAAAUGAAAACAUAUAAGACCAAUACAUCAAAUUGUCAGAACGAAACAGAUAAAGCAAUGCAAAUUGUGUUUUAAUAAAAGUGAAAAAAAAAAAAAAAGUGCGAAGCAGCAAAAUCAACUAACAGCACUAUCAGCAGAAGUUACGAAGAGAAUGAUUUGGAACGUAAUAUUAAAAGCCAUUUUCUACACGUUCACGCUGGUUUUUGGGUUUAUAGGUAACGCGUUCGUAAUAUAUUUUUUUAGCCUGAAAAUGAAAAGAGCUUCUGAAUUUCGCUGGUUGGUUGUUCAUCUUGCAAUUUCUGACGGAAUUUAUUCUGUGAUUACUCCUUUCCAGUUUCUUUAUUUGCUACGUAAUAACCAUGAAUGGAAAUUAGGUUUAUUAGCAUGCAAGGUGCUUAGUUGCAUUGGUCCACUGACUGUCAACGUAAGUUCAUGGAUUCUAUGUUUGAUGGGUUUUGAACGAUAUCGAGCAAUUUGUCACCCGUUUUCUAAAAGGCUGUCACGCACCAAUAUUCAUUAUGUAGUUUUAAUAAUUUGGAUUGUAUGCAUUGGGAUCAAAAUCAAUACGUUUUUACGUUUAACUGUAGAAGCAGGAGAAUGUUAUCCAUCAUACGAAAGCAUAACUGAAAAUAUUGCAAACUCUUUAGUUGCAUUACUAGCCGACAGUUUGAUACCAAUGGUUUUGCUUUCAUAUUACCUGGUACGCGUAAUGCUAGCUUUGCGCAUGAGAUCUAAAUAUUUUCUUGAUAUAAAAAUUAACAAUCGAAACGUAAAGGUUACUAAAACUUCACUUAUUCUGACGACUAAGGGUUCAGAAACAAUUAAUAAAGAACGAAUAAAGCCAGAAAAAGAGAUUUCCUUUAGUAAUACUGAGAAUUUCAUUAAACGAAGAACUAAUUCUUGUUUUUCAGAUUGUAGAAUGAAAACAGUUUCGUGGUGGAAAACCAUGUUUAAAAGGCGAAACCCGUUUUUUAACUCUAAAUCUUUAAUAACUAAAAAACAUUCGCCUUCAAUUCGUUUAGAUAAACGAGGCAGCCAUGAUUCAGCAGAUCGUGCUGUCAUAAAAGUGUUCUUGAUUACCGUAAUAAUCUUCUUCUUAACUACAUUUCCAUACAAUGCGUUUUAUUUUAUUGUUAAUAUGUUGUAUACUUAUUAUUUUUCGAAUUUACAACUUGAAAAGUACAACAAAGGACUUUUAGAAGCUAACGACUGGUUAGGGCUUUUAGUUCUUUCGGGUAGUGUCACAAAUAUUCUCAUAUACAGUGGAAAGUUUCCGGACUUUCGCAAUCAAAUAAAGUUAUGGCUGAGUCCAAAAAAAGACGAUCAAUUUACUUUAUUAACUACAACAUAAUUUUUUUAUUUUGAUGACGAGUGUAUACGUAUAUAAUAAAAACAAUUUAAUUUCUGUCUAAUUUAUUAUAUUAUACAGUGCCGGAUAAAGGAGGGGAGGCUAGGGAUUACAGCCCUGGGCCCCGCAAAUUUAGGGGCCCCCAAACAUUUUAGAGGAUUUUUUUUUAGUCAUUUUUAGGUUCUGGCCCAUA